ACAGACAGGGCUGGUUGGAUUCUUGUUCCUCACGGGGAAAGAUAUAAAGUGCUUGGCUGCUGGAGAUUUGUUUGACUGUUAAAAUGUAGUCACCAACUGAAUGCAGAGUGAUAAUACAAAGUAUUUGCCUAAAAAAAACAAUGUGAGGAAAGGGGCUUUUGUGUUCUAUUCGUGGAUUACAAAGUCAUGUUUAAACUGUUGCAUAUUCUGAAAGACUAUUGCUGGCACUUGCAACAUUUCCAGCAGGGAGUAAAACCAUUACCGCAAAUUUUCUCUGCCCUCCGCCGUGUCCACAUGCUGCUUAUUUUAUUGUCUGGCCUUGCACUGAUUUCAGGUGAAAGUUACAUCACUGCCAUCUGGAAAAUAUUUUCACAAAGAAAGAAGAAAUAAGUGAUGUUCAGUCAGAAAACAAGUUUGAUCAUGUGGCGGCUCUGCUUGGCGUCCAUCCAGAUUUGAUUCCCUGGCUGGUUUCUUCACUUCAAGAGUGCUUUAAAAGGUUGACAGAGAGAAACAGUGAGAGGGAGAAAGUGAUUUAGGGAGUCGAGGAAGGCAAGCAUUUCCCAUAAUCAUAUCAUGAAGGCGGCGUUGUCCUCCUCUUCCUGUUUUCUCUUGUGUCUCAGACACAGUCCAGGUGACAUGAACAGUGAACGCAGUGGAUCUCCUCUGUCGUUGCAGACACAGAGACAUCACUCCGCUUCGUCCAAGCCGCAAACUCUCUGUGGGAUGUCUGAGGGAGACAUCACAGUGCUGCCAAUCGGACCUGCGUCUCUGGACCUGUCCAGGCAGGAGCACCGGACACUGACCAGACUGUACAGCCAGAACGGAGCAUAUCACCUGAGGAUUUUACCAGAUGGAACUGUGAGUGGUGGCAGGCAGGAAAAUGACCCCUAUGACAUCCUGAGGCUGAAGGCUGUGAGCGUAGGAGUGGUGGUCAUCAAGGGUGAGAUGACAGGAAGGUACCUGGCCAUGAACAAAAAGGGACGCCUCUACGGAUCACAAGCACUCAAUGAUGAGUGUUACUUUCUGGAGAAGUAUGAAGAAAACCACUACAACACAUAUUGCUCUCAGAAGUACAACUGGUAUGUGGGGCUGAAGAGGAACGGCCAACCCAAAGCAGGACCAGACACCCACCAGGGUCAGAAGGCCAUCUUUUUCCUGCCAAGGCCUGCGGGCAACAUGUAAACCAAGACGGCACCAGGAACCGUGGACACGCUCACUGAAGUCUUUAAAUGCACAUUAAUAGUGCAAUUUUUAUGCCGGUCAAAGUAUCACAUUUAAAGGUCACUUAAAAUCACUACAAUAGGGCGGAAAGCUCUAUUUCAAUGUUAAUAUGUUUCUUCAUUCCUCUUGUUAAUGCAAUGAAUAUGUGAUUCCAGCUCAUGUAAGCAGCUUAUACUGUAUAUGAUCAUCACAGGGAUAUAUCUAGACUGCUUUCUGCCUAUAAGCACAUAUACACCCUCUCACUGCAGACAGAAAAUGUGUGCGGUAUCAGUGCAUGUCAGCCUUGAUAAAUGGCCGUUCACUUUGAAACCUAGUAUGAAAUACCACUGCUGGAAGACAGGAACAGGAACGCUUUUACACAGAAAUAGUUUUAUAAUUGAUCACGUCUGGCACAAAAGAAACCAACCAGGCAGUAAACAUAAAAGAGCCGACCAUCUGGCGUUGAAUUCAAACUUAAGCAAACAAAGUCUACAGUGAAGGGAAUAAUAGUAGUAUUAUAAAUAUUUCAAUGCCCUGCUUAACAGUACUUCAGGAUAGUGGAUCUAUGCUGACUUGAAUGACUGAUGAUCUUAUUAAUAUCUACUUUUACUCUGCUCAAGCCUGUUUGAUGCCCAUUUCUGUAAUUACUUGUGUUCUUUGUGGAAUGUCAGCAAUUUUAAGGACCAGUGUGUAGGAUUUUGUGGCAUCUAGCUGUGAGUUUGCAGAUUGCAACCAACUGAAUACCCUUUCCCUCACCCCUCCCUUUCCAAGCAUGUAGUAGAACUUAUAGUGGCCUUCAGGUGAUGUAAAAACACAAAAGGCCCUUUUUAGAGCCAGUGUUUGGUUUGUCCUUUCUGGGAUACUGUAGAAACAUUAUGGUGCAACAUGGCGGGCUCUGUGGAAGAGGACCCACUUAUCAUCUCCGUAUAGAUAUGAAGGGCUAACGAAAACACAGUUCUUAGUUUCAGGUGAUUAUACACUAAUGAAAAUAUAAAUAUGACUAAUAUAUUCCAUUUCUGCCAGUAGAUCCCCCUAAACCCUACACACUGGUCCCUUAAAGGGCCAUUUUAUGAACGCAGACAACUAUGCAAAAAAAAUUGAAACUCUUGAAAAACAGCACCCUUGUAGGGUUAGCCCAACAAAAGUGAAAAAAAUUGUAUGAUUGUAUAAUUGUGUUGUAAUUAUGUGCCUAGGUCAGCUGACAGUCCUUGUUUCAGUAAUGUGAGGUUAUUAUUGACAUCUUGGUGACACCAAAUGCUCAACUGUGAAUUGUUUGAGGCAAUGACGGACCAAAUAUUCUAUCCUGGACCACAAAAGUCACAAAUGGUUUCCUUUCACUAAGCCAAAUGGCUCAGCUUCAUAGUCCAACAGAUAUUUCUGUAAACCUACUUUAGCUGAAACACAUGUUACUGUAAUACUGCUACUAGUGAUAAAAUACUAUUGUGAAUAUUUAUUUAUAAAGUUUUAUUGCUAGUAAAAUUUAAUUUAGCUGAAAACUGCAAUGGACAUAUUUGAAAUAACUUAUACAUACAUAGUGAAGGAGAAAAAAAGGUAAUGUGAUCAUCUUUUUACAAAGUAAUACAUAUUGUAUUAAGUGUACUUAAAUGUCUUAAAUGCUGCAUUAUUAUCCAUAAAAAUAAAUAGUAUGUUUGAUUUGCUGUAACAAUGAAUGUGGUUCUUCCUAAAAUAUACACGUGAAUAAAUGUUUUUAAGUGUACAUACA